AUGGAAAAGAAAUACGGCUUAAUAAAAGCCUCCGACGCUAAAAAACCGCUUGCCAACUUUUCCCGCCCCUCCGUUUUCGGCGACGAAUCAUCCGACGAAGACACAGCACCCCGAAAAAUCGGUCUACCCGGCGAAAAACAAAAGCAACAAGCAAAACUCAUCCAAGAAAAAGCCAUGGAAGAAGAUCCCACAAUUUACCAAUACGACGAAGUCUACGACGAAAUCUCGAACAAACGAGCUGAAGAAAAAGCGAAAAAAUCCGAAGACAAGAAACCGAAAUACAUCCAACGCUUGCUGGUUGCUGCGGAAAAACGCAAAAUCGAGAAUGAACGUCGCAUCGAACGUCAAGUGCAAAAAGAGCGAGAAGCUGAGGGCGAACAAUUCAAGGACAAGGAGGCAUUUGUCACGGCUUCGUAUCGCAAAAAGUUGGAAGAACUCAAAAAAGCCGAGGAAGAAGAGGCACGCGAAGCAUAUUUGGAGUCAAUUGGCGAUGUGAGGAAACAGGGCAACUUGGAUGGCUUUUAUCGACAUAUUUACUCGCAAAAACUCGACUCCAAGCCAUCGAAUGAGGCUAAAAAUAGCAAAAAAGACGACGAAUCACAUUUAAUUCCCGCUUCUGCGACGCAAGAAGACUCUGAAAAUGAAGAAUCGGAUCCCGUUUUAAGCAAAGUUCAAAUAUCCAAGACCGAAAAGCGAGAUACAAAGAGUCGAAGUUAUCGAAAACGCAACAAUUCAGAAGCUCAGAACACGAAAGAAAGCGACGAGGAUGAAGAAGAAACAGUUGCAACGAAAAAAGCGCAUCUUCAAAGCAAUUUAGACGCAGAUUCAGACUUCAGUAUCGACUCGAGCAGCAGCGAAGAUGAAAAAGAAGACGAAAAAGACACAAUAGUACCUGAAUCAGCGCCUCUGGAGUUCGUCAAACAAACAGAAACAGCAGAAAAAACGGAAAUGGGACCUCCAAAAGCGGAAGAAACAACCAAAAAAUUGCCUGAAGAGGAGAAAAAACCCGAAAAUGGUCACAAAGAAGAAAAAGAAGUCAAACCGAAGAAGGAAAAAAUUGACAUUUGGAAGAAACGAACAGUUGGAGAUGCAUUCGAUGCUGCCCUUCAACGGUAUUACGAACGAAAAGCGCUGCGAGAACAAUAAAUUUCUGUUAAAUUUUUACAAUUUUA